ACUAAUGCUUGCCUCUCUGCGGCUCAAUUCGCCAUCUUGAAAUUGUCCGGAGCAGAAGCGGCGAGGGCGACGGAGCAGCGGAAAGCAGCGCCUUUUAAACUCAAGAUCCGCAGGAAUCACGAGGAUUUUCGGAGGUCUCAGUGGUCGCGUCUGUCCGUCGAUGUCUUUCGAAGACCGGGAGCGGUUUGUCUGAGCCGGAGCGGACUGAUCCUCGCCUGUGGCCUGGCGGCUCCGUCGGACGGGAUUUAGCGUCCUGAGCACACUUUUAUCAGCAAUUGACGCCGUCAAGCACUCUUUCUCCUGCGCCGGGGUUGGGAAUAAUCGCCACUUUGGCGUUUUUAAUGCAAGACUACGGAGCUCACAGAGGACAAGUUUGAUCCAGAGUGCGCUCGUUUCGCAGUCCGAUGGCUGUUGUCUCCGCCCGGCUGUGGCGGUGUUCUGGUAAUAAAAACAAGAGUCAUUCCAGCAAACUGUUCGUAACGAUGCUGCAACAUAUUCCAUGUUUGCUAAAGCUGGCGUGAAUGCGGAGAAGUGGCCCUCCAUUGCUGUGCUGUGAACGUGGGAGUAAACGAACAAUCAAUCAAUCACAGUGUAUUUAUAUAGCCCUAUAUCAUAAAUGUCUCAAAGGGCUGCACAAGCCACAAAGACCUAGCAUCACCCCCCCCUCCUCUAUGUCUAGCAUGACCCUGGAUGCACUGGAUUUAUCCUCAUGUUGAAAAGAUGCCCUUUUUGCACAGACAGUCCUUGCUGCAGUAAUCUGACUCUGCCGCUUUGAAGAUUUUGGGGGACUUUUUAAACAUUUUUAUAUACAUUUAUUUUAUCCGAGGAUCACAUUCGAAUGGAAAAUGGGAGACGCCACCAAACUGGCACUUGCCGUUUUCCUCAUCUCCUGUUCUUCAGGUGCAAUCCUGGGGCGCUCGGAUACACAGAAGUGCAGCUACUACAACUCCAGCUGGGAGAAGGAGCGCACUAAUCGCAGUGGUAUCGAACCAUGUUAUGGCGAUAAGGACAAGAGGCGGCACUGCUUCGCCACAUGGAAGAACACUUCUGGCACCGUGGAGGUAGUCAAGCAAGGUUGCUGGUUGGACGACAUCAACUGCUAUGACAGCAACGAGUGCGUGGAAAAGAAGGAGAAUCCUGAUGUAUUCUUCUGCUGCUGUGAAGGCAACAUGUGCAACGAACGGUUCCUGUAUGCACCUGAUACGCCCCCGCAGAGUGACACACACCAGUCAACCGCCUACACUACAUCCAACCCAUUUCCCCAGAAGCCUCAGCUCUUCAGCACUCUGCUUUACUCCCUGGUUCCUGUCAUCGGGCUGGCUGCUGUCGUCCUGUUCUCCUUCUGGAUGUGGAGGCACCACAAGUUGGCCUAUCCAGCAGCCCUUGUCCCUACACAUCACCCCUUUCACAUUAUGGUGGAGGAUCCCGGCCCUUUGCCCCCGUCUCCUAUCCUGGGACAAAAGCCUCUGCAGCUGAUCGAGAUGAAGGCUCGGGGUCGCUUCGGCUGCGUGUGGAAGGCCCAGCUGCUGAGCGAAUACGUGGCUGUAAAGAUCUUCCCAAUCCAGGACAAGCUGUCUUGGCAGAAUGAGUACGAGAUUUACAGCGUGAGCGGCAUGAAGCACGAAAACAUCCUCCACUUUAUCGGCGUGGAGAAGAGGAACAACAACCUCGACCUGGAGCUGUGGCUCAUCACCACCUACCAUGACAAGGGCUCGCUGACAGACUAUCUGAAGGCCAACGUGGUGUCCUGGAACGAGCUUUGCCACAUCGCUCAGUCGGCGGCCCGCGGCCUGUCCCACCUGCACGAAGACAUACCGGGACACAAAGACGGACACAAGCCCUCCAUCGCUCACAGGGACAUCAAGAGCAAAAACGUGCUCCUGAAGAACAACCUGACCGCUUGCAUCGCUGACUUUGGCCUUGCGCUUAAAUUUGAGGCCGGAAAAUCAGCCGGGGACACGCAUGGACAAGUGGGAACGCGACGUUACAUGGCUCCUGAGGUCCUCGAAGGCGCCAUCAACUUUCAGCGCGACUCCUUCCUGCGCAUUGACAUGUACGCCUUCGGCCUGGUCCUGUGGGAGCUGGCGGCACGAUGCACCGCCGCAGACGGCCCAGUGGACGAGUACAUGCUGCCCUUCGAGGAGGAGGUGGGUCAGCAUCCGUCUCUGGAGGACAUGCAGGAGGUGGUGGUGCACAAGAAGCUGCGACCCUGCCUUCGAGACUGCUGGCAGAAACACACGGGUCUGACGGUGCUCUGUGAAACCAUCGAGGACUGCUGGGACCACGAGGCCGAGGCACGCCUCUCUGCCGGCUGCGUCGAGGAACGCAUCGGCCAAAUGCAGCGUCAGGCUCCCAUCACCGGGCCAGAGGAGAUAGUCACCGUCGUCACCAUGGUGACCAACGUGGACCUGCCGCCCAAGGAGUCCAGCUUAUGAUCUGCCAACAGAGCGCAACCAGAUGAGCGUCCAACGGGUGGCCAACCCUGGCUGCUUGGCUUGUCAUUCUGGUUUGGUUGUUGUUUUAUUAGUUUUUUUUUGUUUUGUUUUUUACUACUGGCAGCCACUCGCGCUCAGGACAUACCAUGUGACCACCUCCCCGCAUCACUGGGUCUCCACCUCAUGUCAACAUGUGUGCCUGAGGACCACGACAGUUGGCAGCAUUCAGGAUGUUGAGGGUGUUGACACUCAGUCGGAUCAUGUUUUUCUACACGUCAGAAGGCAAGCUGCUCAACGCGUUCCUCCACAGCCAGGGAAGAUGGAGAUCCUAAACUCUGUGCAUUAAUACAUAUAUAUCAUAUAUAUAUAUAUAUAGACAUAUAUAUUAUAUAUGUAUGAACACAUGGCUCUCGAUACCGUUGCUGUUUUCUCGUGUGCGUGUUUUUUUUGAAGAAGAAUCGACUAACAUUCUGCCAAUAAGCAACGGCUUUUGAAUGUUUCUAGUGUAAUGCUGCUGUAAAUAGUGUAUUAUGGACCCACACCACUUGUUAAUCCAUCUUCUUUUAAGGGGGGGAGGGCUGGAAAGGGGCAGGGAGGGUGAUCCAUUUUCAAGCAUUAUGAUAAAAAAAAAAACCAUAGACCUCCUUCAACCAGGUAUACCUCAGUUCAGAUGGACAAAUGAUGAUUAGUCCCUCUCACUGUUCACACUAACUGCUCGCCCUCGGUGCUCAUGGGUAACGUAGUCCGCAGACUCCCCGCUCUUUAUUUUGGCUCCUUCGUCACGUUUCUCCUCCGGUUGUUUGCUACAAAAUCCUACGCUGGCAGAGCACCGUUUAUUCUGCGAAAUGAUAACCGAGUCAAUCCGCAAUGUUUCUACUUCUGAAAGGUUUCAGGUUCUGAGUCAAAAGGUGCCAGAGCCGGUAUGUGGUUGGAGUGCACAUAUCUCAUUUGACUACUAUCAAGGAUUUUCGCUCUCAGUUUCUACGCCUCAGGAAUCUUUACUAACCCAUCCUCGUCCUUCUCAGGCCAUACUUCCUCUGGCCACCGCUUCUCCUGCUUUGUCUCCACGCUGACAGCCAAGUCGCACGACUUCCUGUCUCUUCUUCGAUUCAGGUUCUGAUCACUGACCGAGGCCAAGAACCGAGGAGUCGGGUUUCUGUUGCCACUAAACAAAACUGCCAGUCAUGUGCUGUUUCCCCCUUCACCUCCCCGUCACCCGGCCCCACGUCAGACCAGACCAGACAUCUUUGAUUCUGGUGCCAUUCCUUCCACCACACUUCCUCUCGUAGAUGUCAGGCCAAACGGAUGUAUCUUCCGCCGCGGCGGCGCUUUGUUUUGAAGCUCAUAUUUUUUUGCUCUGAGGGACUUUGGAAAACCUGCAGUCUCUCCUCGAGCUUCGGGUCGGUUUCACGCGAUGCAAUUUCUGACCAGUUGAAGAGUUGAGAAAACGGGCAAACCUGGGGAAGGUUUGUCAGAAAAGUCCCGAGAAUGCCAGACAGUCGACCCGUUUCAGUGCAAGAGACGAGGCGAUAGUUGUGGCAGGACAAUCAGCUCCUAUUGGGACUACCAGGAAUUGAUUAACGUGGACCCCGACUUGAACAAAUUGAAAAACUUAUUGGGGUUUUACCAUUUAGUGGUCAAUUGUACGGAAUAUGUACUGUACUGUGUAAUCUACUAAUACUAGUCUCAAUCAAUCAAUCAAUCAAUCAAAAACCAUGUCUAGGAACUAGCAUGAAGCUAGUGAGCCAUUUGCUUUUUUUCAACACUAAAUCUGAUACCACAAUUGGAUUCAAUUUAAUUAUUGGGGGUUGUUAUCGGAUUCAGAAUCAAUGUUCGAUUCAAAAUCUAUACUUUUUUUUGAUAACAUUGGGUGCCGGUUCUUUGAUUAACUACAUUCCUCCAUAAAAUAAGCAGCUCUGAUAAAUUUUUAUUAUACUUAAAAAAAAUAAUUGGUCCUGAGUUUAAUCCCAGGCUCGGGAUCUUUCUGUGUGUUUCUGUGUGUUGGUUCCCUCCGGGUUCUCCGGCUUCCUCCCACCUUCAAAGACAUGCACCUGGGGAUAGAUUAGAUUAGAUAGUACUUUAUUUAUUCCGUCAGGAGAGUUCCUUCAGGAAAAUUAAAAUUUAGGUCAGUUAGGAUAGGUUGAUUGGCAACACUAAAUGGUCGUUAGUGUGUGAAUGUUGUCUGUCUGUCUGUGUUGGCCCUGUGAUGAGGUGGCGACUUGUCCAGGGUGUACCCCGCCUUCCACCCAAAUGCAGCUGAGAUAGGCUCCAGCACCCCCCGCGAUCCCUAAAGUAACAAGCAGUGGAAAUGGAUGGAUGGAAGGUUGUUAAAAUGAUUUUAUUUGAAUAUGCUCCAAAAAAAAAUAUUUCCUGGAAAUGCUCGUCUCACAAAAAGUUUUGUUUCAGUGUCGGCUUGUUGGGAAUCACGUCAGGUUGCAUCGGUGAAACCUUCCCGAAAGGCCAAAACAGGAUUCAGGGAUUCAGUACUAUGCUUUUCUAUGUUCUGGCAAGUUUUAUGCAACCAGUGCCGCAAACGACUCACGGCUCCAGCUGCAGGAGUGACUUCAGUACAAUAACUUUGUAGCAUUUUCCUUUUGAUGUCUUGUAUUUAUUUUGGACUUUUUACAGGCCUGAGCUUGAGGAGUCGGCAGGAGUUGCCCUUGUAGUUUUGGGAGGAAAGAGGUGGUGGUUUUCAGGAAGUGUUCAUUCACGGGAGACGCAAACGGCGUCUUGCUCCUUGGUCUACGGACAAAGACCGCAGAUGAAUGUUCUUGAGAAUCCUGGGUUGUUCUAUCUAGCGUGACGCUCUACCGACGGAGCCAUGUUCCGUUCUUAGAGCUGGCGUGGUCCUGUUCUGUUCUGGUAAAAAAAAAAAAAAAAAAAAAUCCAUUCUUACACCUUAACGGAUGUCCUCGCUGAGUUUGGUUCCGACCGCGGAACAAAGUCAGCGUUCUUUGGAAGGCCGAUCCAAAGUGGAAGACAAUCUUGCAAAGGUGCGGAACAUUUCAAAAGGUGUAUGAAUGGAUUUGGACCUUCUCCGGGCCGGCAGUGAAUCAUUUGUGUCUUCUUCCCCUGCUAUCUGAAAGCUGUACAGACAUGAACGUAUUCAAUCAACUAUUUACUCUGAGCUCAAUCUUUAUAAGUGCGUGUGAAAAUCCGUGUUUCCUAUACAUUCAUUUAUACUUCUCUUGUGUUUUUGUCCGCUAUUGAGCUCGGUGCGAGCUGAACGCUGGAGAGUACUUACUGGUGUCCCUCGCCAUUGCAAUACUCUUGAUGCGAUGACCAGGUCAUCUGCUCCCUGCCGCUAAGAACCCAAGGCAAAGCCUCGGGUCCUCCGGUGACCUGGCUUCUCGGACUCUAGGCUCGGUCGCCGGGUCGGACGUUUCUACGAAAAAGACGCUACAAGUCCACGACCCCAGUUUUUCCUAAGGUUCCCUGACUGUGCAACGCUGACCCAAAACUUCUCGCGGCGACAACGCGCUCAAGGUUCCUUUUUGGUCCAAUCAGUGAUUCUCAAACUUUUUAGCACCUCAGAAAAACCCUUUUAGGCUCUCCAAGUACCACCAUGAUUUGUCCUGGGCAUGACGUUAAAGUGCAUCCGGCAUUGGAGGCUCCUCUACGGGGUCUUGGGGCACUAGGAGGUUAACCCCUUCACUACUGUUACCCCAGGUGGUCCUUGGCAAAGACCUAGUACCUGACUGCCUCUUAGCCAGGGAUACGGUGAAGACCUCAACUGCGGAGCAGGUGGAAGACGAUAGAUCAGUGGUUCUUAACCUUGUUGGAGGUACCGAACCCCACCAGUUUCAUAUGCGCAUUCACCGAACCCUUCUUCAGUGAAAAAUGUAUAUAUUUUUUCAAAUUCAAGACAAAGUUCUAUGUGUGUAUGUGUACAGAAUGAACCGUGCAUGAACAUCACCUUGAUCAAAGAACAAAACCAACACACCCGUAAAUGACCCUGACUUCUGCUCUUGCCGUAUCCAUAAUACGCCGAUAGGGAGAAGUUUUUCAUUUACACGAUGAGUUGGGUAUGUCUUGAGCUCCGCGGCGGCGGAGGCUCCCCCGAACCCCUGAGGCCGACUCACCGAACCCCUAGGGUUCAAUCGAACCCAGGUUAAGAACCAUGGCGAUAGAUGUAUGAACCACAACGGAAGAAGGCACCCCCACAUCCAUGUGGUCCCAGUUAUGGGGAAAUAACCCAAGACCUCAACGGUGGAACAGGCGGAGGAUGACUGCUAACUUUAUGGAGCGUCACAACGGCUGGAAAGGCGGAUGAAGGCUGCAGCAGAAAAGGGUCCCGAGUCGUCUUGGACUCCAUGCCACUGGAUACCUGACCCAGAUCCGUCAAGGAUGGUGUGGUGACUGUCUGUGCACCAGACUCCCCACGUAAAACUAAGUCACGCACAGGCAUCCUCCAUAAAGGGAUACACCCCCUACCAGGAGGACCGUCAUACUAGCUUCGAUUGACCACCGAUGAUGAUGACACCCAGUUUGAACAGUAACACUGUGUUGGAAUAUUUAAGUGACUAGGAUAGGUUGAUUGGCAACAUUAAAUUGUCCCUAGUGUGUGAAUGUUGUCUGUCUAUGUUGGCCCUGCGAUGAGGUGGUGACUUGUCCAGGAUGUACCCCGCCUUCCGCCCAAAUGCAGCUGAGAUAGGCUCCAGCUCCACAGUUUGAGAAUCACUGGUUUGGAUUUUUUAUUUUUUUUAAAUGGUGCAUUUUAAUGCGAGGGACAGUAAAAGGCUGAUGUGGAACCUCGGACGCGUCCCUGAAGAGACUGAAGUGGUUUUGGGAUCAGCGCUGCAAACUCUGCUUGUGUGAGCCGGUGGAGGUUUUUAAUCAGUUGAAGUGAUCCACUUGAUGUAAAUAAAUGUGUUUUUAGAUUGUGA